UAAGCUAAAGUUAUUUGAAUUAAAAUUAAAUUAUUUGCUGACAGUGAACUCUCCGCCCAGUUUCAACGCCAUGCUGCUCUUUUGCUUCACAUAAUCAGGUUUGCAGAAUUUUAAUCAACGAAAAACAAAAAGAAAGUGCAAAACAAAGUGCAUGGCUGCAGUUGCAGGAGCCCCAUUCACAAUGACACCAUUUGAUGAUUUUGUUUAUUUAAUCAAUCACGUGCUGCUUGGAGAGGAGCCGACAAUUGAGGACUUUAUACUGCUUGUGGGCACACUGGUGGCCUUUAUAGCUUUUAUACUCUGGUGUUGCUUUCCCAUACACCCAAAGGAGGCUGGUCAACAUCGUCAGUUUUCUUGCAAAAUACUCAAAAGUCACAUCAAGGCAUUCGAUAAGCCCACCAACAACGAGGACACAACAGCUAAUAAAAGCAACAGUGGCUUUAGCAGCAGCAACCACAGUAAUACACAAUAUGGAUUGAACAAUACCAGCUAUAGUAAAAACGGCACUGUCCCCAUGCAUAAUUAUUAUGUUAAGAGUGGACACCAAUGCUGCACUUAAUGUGUGUCUGUGUGUGUAAAGCCAUGCCCAAGGCCCAAUAUGGCACUGCCCUCUACUAGCUUCGACCAAGUCAACGCUGCUACACUGAGAUUAUACUUUUGUUUUAUGUUUAUUUAUGCAUAUUGUGCCAAUUGAAUGUUCAAGGCGCAGCUUAAAGCUGUUACCAACUUGAGCAUUACGUCCCCCUCCACAACACUUUUUCUAUGUAUGUAUGUACAUAUGUAUUAUUCGCAACUCUAGUUGUGAUUUCUAAGCAGCCAUUUAGUUCAGUUAUCCCUACAUUCAGGAACGGGACCUGCUACCUUAUUUAGUGGUUGAUAUUCUAUUUAUUCUGUUUGUUAAGUUAAACUUGUUUUGUGGUCUUUUGCUGUCAGACAGCUGCUAAUAAUAAGUUUUUUUUUUUGGAAUGACCGGUAUCGUUCAGUCAUACAACUGACUAAUUUGACUAGGGCAUUGUUAAUGACCCGAUCAAUUGAUCUUACAACUCUUUUGCGCUAGCAUAUAUUCGAAUUGUAAUUGCUCAGACUGAUUUCUUGCAAACAAGAAUUGCAACAAAGUGAAGAUUGUUAGCUACAAUGCUAGUUUGUCGCUGUUAAAAAAAAAUAUCUAUUUAUUAACAUGUAUAACUUGUUUGUGUCAAAGUAAGAGUUUGUAAAAAUGACAAGAACUACAGCAAGUAAAAGGCAAAUAUUUCUAAGUAAUUUAUUAUGAUAAAAGUACACUAAUUGCAUAUUUAUACGCAUGUUAAUAUGUUUACUAUCGCUUAUAUCUAACCAACCCACACUCAAGACUUUUGCCACAAGCUGACAGACAAUUAAGUUAAAGCCGCUCGCUUCUAGAAUUAAUCGUAGACAUAUGUAUAUGUAUACCACAUAAGUAUAGUUAGCAUAGUUAAUAAUUGCAAACACAUUCUAGUUGGAAAUCAUUUCGAAUAAUAUAAGACUGCUGUGAGCUAUGCUAAGGCGAGCGGCAUUUGAAACGAGUUUCUGAUUGUUGUAUUCUCAAUAUUUCUCUCAGUGUAUACACUGUACAUACGUUUGAUCUCAUUUAUGUGAUUAAAAACCAAUUUCUGCAGCACAAAGGGUGAUAACAAAAAUGUCCCUUUUAAAAUAAAUAAAA